CACCAUGACCUUCUUCCAUCAAAACCGAUACGUGGACUGCAGGGGGGGCCACGUGCAGCUGGUGGACGGCUCGGACCUGAGCUACGUUGAGGACGGCACACCCUGCGGGCCCAGCAUGCUGUGUCUUGACCAUAAAUGCCUUCCAGUGACAGCCUUUAACUUCAGCUCCUGUCCCGGCAGCUGGGAUGGGAAGAUCUGCUUUGACCAUGGGGUCUGCAGCAACGAGGGCAAAUGCAUCUGCCAGCCCGAGUGGACGGGCAAGGACUGCAGCGUGUACGACCCCGUCCCGGAGCCGAAGCCCACGGGCGAGACGGAGCGAUACAAGGGUCUGUGCACACCACGUGAGGUCUCCGGCUCAGCUCCCGCCUCCUACCUGCAGGUGCGACGAGCCCAGCACACGGUCCACAGCGAGACCAAGUACAUCGAGCUGGCGGUGGUGAACGACCAUCAGCUGUUCCUGCAGCUCCGCAAGUCCGUGGUGCUCACCAGCAAUUUCGCCAAGUCCGUGGUGAACCUGGCCGACAUGAUCUACAAGGAGCAGCUCAACACUCGCAUCGUCCUGGUGGCCAUGGAGACCUGGGCCUCCGAGGACAAGAUCCGCAUGGAGGAGGACUCGCUGGAGACGCUCAACGAGUUCAUGAAGUACCGCAAGGAGGCCAUGCCGGAGCAGAGCGACACCGUCCACCUCUUCUCGUGA